UUCUAGAGCAUCCAUUAAGUAGUGAACUUUCAAAGGAACAACACAAAUCCAACAAAAUGAAAUUCGUCAUUGUUUUAGCCGCCCUCUUCGCUGUAGCCUUGGCUCGUCCCAACGAUGUUGAAAUCUUGAAGUUGGAAUCUGAUGUGCAACCAGAAUCCUACAACUAUGUUCUUGAGACCAGUGAUGGUACAUCAAAGGUUGAAGAUGGUAAAUUGAAGGAUGUUGGCACUGAUCAUGAAGCUAUUGUUGUUCAUGGAUCAUACUCCUGGGUAGCUAAGGAUGGCCAAAAAUACACAGUCACCUAUGUUGCUGAUGAAAACGGUUUCCAACCAUCCGGUGCUCAUUUACCAGUUGCUUAAAUAUUUUUAGUUUACAUGUGAAAAAAAUAAAA